CUGACAGCAGCCAGGACAUAAAAGCUACCAUUGUUUCAGCAGUCUGUUGUGGCCUCAGUCAGUGCACAUCUUAUAGACAACAGCCAGUUUGUCACAAUGUCAAUUCAGGGACGCCCAAAAGGGAACCCAAAAGCAUUUGACAAGCCAAAAUGCAAGAUUUCUGCAUCUCGAAAACUCUCGCUUAAGAUGCUGCUCCUCAACAGAGCCAUUGAGGAGCUAGAGAAGGAGAAGCUGGAAAGAGAUGAGGAGAAAGUGCGUUACCUGGGAGAGAAAAUGCCUGCUCUACAGCUCUCUGGGCUUUCAUUGGCUGAGUUACAGAAUCUGUGCAAGCAGCUCCAUGCAAAGAUUGAUAUUGUGGAUGAAGAGCGGUUCGAUUGUGAGUCGAAAGUGGACAAGAACAAUAAAGAUAUUCAUGAGCUGAAGCUGAAAGUUCAGGAUCUGGGAGGUAAAUUUAAGAAGCCAGCUCUGCGGAAGGUGCGCGUGUCUGCUGAUGAGAUGAUGCGAGCUCUGCUGGGCUCCAAACACAAGGGCUCCAUGGACCUCCGAGCUAACCUCAAGUCAGUCAAGAAGGAGGACAUCAAACAAGAGAAGGUCCUGACUACUGAAGUUGGAGACUGGCGUAAGAAUGUGGAGGCCAUGUCUGGUAUGGAAGGCAGGAAGAAGAUGUUUGAUGCUGCUGGUGGAGGCCAGUGAACUACAUACCAUCCUAACUAGGACUGUCUGGAGGGCAGUGAGGAGAGAUUCUGCACAAAAUGGCACAGACAGGAGAAAAGAAAAAAGAAAGGAAGCUUUGGAGCCUCCAGUACUUGCUUGGCCUGGUUAAUUAGUGGAUUCUCUCUUAAAAAUAAACCUGGCAAAAAAGGUUCUUGAAAAGCCAUAGACGUUUCAUUACGAUGCUAAAACACUGUCAAGUGAUGCUUCUUUAAAAAGCUGCUUUUGCAAAUGAAUGUGAAGAACCUUAUUAAAGUUAAAACAAAUCACUAUGUACUGGAAAGGUUCAAUCCCAAUUAAAGACAGAUGUCCAAAACAAAGAACUACAAAGGAACCUUUAUUUUUAAGCAUGUAUCUAUUAAAAUAUUUGCAGCCAAACCUUCAUUAAUAAAGCUCCUGUUAAAACAGUUUAAAAUCACAUUAAAGGUAGAAUUUAGCUUACUUCUUUAUCAAAAGUAAUUAUUCAAAAUAAAUAGUUUUGUCUACUAGAAUAAAGUGUGAAUUUCUCCCUGACAUGACAUUAUCACAAUACUUGAGCCAUGUAGAAAUCUGUUGUCAUAUUUAAAACUUUGAAAUAUGCUAAGCAUUGCGAUGUACUGCCAUUUAUUUCUGUAACUGUAGAUGAUUAAUUCAUAAGAAAAUAUUGUUUAUCUAAUGAAGCUUAAACUUCUUUCACCUCACCUCAAUCAAUAAAUACGCCAGCGAGCAUGUAAUCCACUGCACUAUCCGAUCGUUCUCAGAAAUAACUGCCCCAACAGAAACCUUGGCAUCUCCUGAGAUAAUGAGUGCCAUCUUGUGGAUUAAGAUAGAAAUGCACUUAAAUGACUAGUCUAAUAAAAGCAUUCAUGCAUAAUUAAAUAAUCAAUAUCAACUCGAGUCGCUGUGGAUCAAUAGUUUUUUAAUCCCAAAAUACUGUAAUAUGAUUUUUUUCACCCCUAUUCAAUGUGAAGCUGCUAGUAGUUUCUGCCUUGAAAUGCUCAGACCUACACUAUAUGGACAAAAGUAUUGAGACACCUACGCAUUACAUCCACAGGAGCUUUUAUGACAUACUAUUCUAAAUCUAUAGGCAUUCACAUGGAGUUGCUCCCCCCUUUCCAGCUCUAAAAGCUUCCACUUUUCUGGGAAACUUUGUACAGGAAUUUGGAGUGUGUCUGUGGGAAUUUUCACCCAUUCACCCAGAAGAGCAUUCGUGAGGUCAGACACUGAUAUUGGACAAGAGGGCCUGGCUUGCAGUCUCCGCUCUAGUUCAUCCCAGAGGAAUGUGAUCAGGUUGCGGUCAGGGUUUUGUGCUGGCCAGUCAAGUUCUUCCACACCAAACUCACCCAGCCAUUCCUUUAAGGACCUUGCUUUGUGCACUGAGGCACAGUCAUGCUUAAACAGAAAAGAGUCUUCCUCAAACUGUUCCUACAAAUUUGGAAUCAUUUAAUUGUCCAUAAAGCCUUGGUAUGCUGAAGCCUUAAGAAUUCCCGUCACUGGAACUUACUGCGCUCAUCAGUGCGACCCAUUCUACUGCCGGUGUUUGUCUAUCGAGACACCUGCAGUGAGUGUGGAUGAAACACCUGUAACAUAUAAUUAAGAAGGUGUGUCUCAAUACUUUUGUCUAUAAAGUGUAUAUGAUUGUGUUGAUGCAGCAGAAGAUAUAAAGGAAAAGGCUUGGUUCUUCACAGGGUGAUAUCCCACUUCUGGGAAUGUCAGUUAUGUGUAGGGCUGUAGCCUGGGCCUGAAAAAACGGAAAAAAUGGUUUUGGGAUAUCGUUGCCCAGAACUGUUUUAAUAAAAGGAUUUACACAUUUACGACAUGUUUAUUGGGUCCUAUAAACAGAAUUGUUAAAAAAAAGACAGCAUUAUAACAGAAAGAGAAAAAAUAUAUAUAUUUUAUAAAAUUAUAUUUCUUUUCUAAUGUCCUACCAACAGAGGAACAUUUCAUCUGCAUUUCUUACAUAUUUUUGAAGCUGAAAAGUCAUUCAGUAAAAUUUUUCUCACCUAAAACUCUCAUUUAAAGCAUUUCAUCAGUUCAACAGACCUGAGAAAAAAUGUAAACAUUUUUUACAUGUCUGUUGGGCUCAGAUUGAGCUGGUAUUCAAAUGAGUUGUUUUUUAUUUACAUUUAAAAACAAUAAUUUGUUUUAAAGUUUUAAAGUAACCUGGCUGCUUUAAACCUUAAAUUAUUAUGCUUCUUUUAAUGAGUUGACAGAAUGUAUCUUACUCUUACAUAUUCAGUAAUGUUGAAAUGGUUAUUGUCUCAGUGUUGUAGAUCUGUCUGUUUCACAGAGAUUUUAGGCACUCAGACAUUUGCUCUGUUUCAAUCUCUCGCUUGCAGUCUCUCAUUCUCUUUUUUCUGAUCUCUCUCUCUCUCUCUCUCUCUCUCUGAGCUUGAAGAGUUGGGGACUGCAACCCUGACUGAAACCAUGACUCAUGAGAAUGUGUAGGAGCUGGAAUAAUUCAUGACAAAUGUUAACGUAAUGAGGGCUUGUUCAAGGCUGGUUAUUCAGGGCUAUAGGCCCGGAAGCUCAGGCCAGGCAAUGCCCCAUGGUUAUGCGUACACUGAAUGAAAGUCUUAAGGAUGUGUAGCUUAUAUCACAUUAAACAGUGUACAACUAA